UGGAUUGAGAUGAAUGCAGAAAUGAAGAUUUGAAUUAGCAAAGAUGGAGGGUGGGAAUAUGUGGAAAAGCAAUUCAUACCCAUGUGAAAGUUCAGGAGAUAAAAGGUACAUAGAAUUUAAUAUGAUCCCACAGCCACAAACACCAAUGGAGCCCAUGGAGUUCUUGUCAAGAUCAUGGAGUGUUUCGGCUGCCGAAAUUUCUAAAGCCUUUGCGGCUGCUCAAAAACCACAGACCGAAAAAAAGAUUGUUUGUCCAGUUACUCCAGUACACGAGUCAUUCGUCGCACCUCAACCCCAAGAGAAGGUAUCAAGGGUCAAGGCUAGAGGGAAAUGGUUUAAUAACAACAGGGAUGGUGUUAUGAGGAAGAAAGAUAAAGUUCGGAGAGAAAAGGCGCAGGCGCAUGCCGCCUUGUGUGUGGCAGGGUUGGCAACCGCUUUGGCUUCCAUUACGGCAGCCGCAGAUGCCACCGCUAGAAGCUUGGCGUUGGAUGAUUCGAGAAUGACCACUGCACUUGCCUCGGCUACGGAGUUGUUGGCAACCCAUUGUUCAGAGUUGGCGGAAUCGGCUGGCGUUGAUCAUCAUCUUGUGGUUUCUGUUGUCCAGUCAGCAACUAAUAUCCAAAGUCCAACCCAUCUAAUGACUCUCACUGCUGCAGCUGCUACAGCUUUGCGAGGCGAAGCAGCAAUGAAGGCAAGAUUUCCGAAAGAAGCAAAGAAGAACGCCACAGUAAUUCCAUUUGAAAAGGGAAUGGGGGGUCAUCAUAUGCUUACUAGUGAAACAACAAAAUGGGAGCCUCAAGGCAUGCUGCAACAAGUACACAAAGGAGGGUUACACUGGAAGCAAGUAUCAGUCUACAUAAACAAGAACUCCCAGGUUAUUAUCAAGCUCAAAAGCAAUUAUGUUGGAGGGGCUUUUUCCACAAAGAAUAAAGGUGUUGUGUAUGGUGUCUGCAAUGAGAAAGCCUCUUGGCCAUUUUGCAAAGAAAGGGACAAUGCAGAUGUUUAUUUUGGGGUCAAAACCGCAAAGGGUCUUUUGGAGUUCAAGUGCAAGAGCAAGGUCCAUAAACAGAAAUGGGUUGAUACAAUUCAAUAUCUACUACAGCGAACCAGCAACGUUGACAGCAUUAGGCAUUCUAUGAACAUGUUAACCUGCAUAGAGUGAUGGAAAAUGUGAUGGUGUGUGCAUCUGUUAUGGUUUUGUGUUUCUGUCGUGUGAUUUGUAACGCUCGUGUGAUAUCUGAAGGCGUGAGCCACUAACCACUUGUUUUUUCGCUUUAUUUGUUGGAUAGAUACUUUUUGUUUAGUGUUUAUAUCUUAUUUUUAGA